AUGGUUCUCGACUCUAAGCCUACAGAUGAUGGCUCGAUCUGUACCGGUGUCACGGGUCUUCCCCCGGUGGUUGUCCGAUAUCCCGAAGAUCGUCUCGGCCGCCGCUCUGAAGUCCCCGCUGAUGUGGAAAUUUCAGCGGAAAUACCGUUAGAGUCCAUGUCGCUUGGCACUCCCACUUGA